AUGCUUCGAAUUACGCUGAUCAUCUUUGUAUUACUGGGUGGAGUGGAUGCGUUUCAGAGUGGGACACCCUUACCGGCGCGAAUUGUCCAUCCCGGAGUCACUACGGGCCGAACGCUUCCGACUGGCGACCCGCACCCAGCGUUGACUUCCUCAACGGGCUUGGCUGCUAUUCGUCCGCCCAACAAGAAAGUCAUUACCGAGGAAGAAAAGGAAGCGUCCACGAGUAUUGGACGGCUGUUGUCUCCACUCAACCCCUACAUGUGGUUCGUCUACAUGUUCGUCUUUAUCUUUGCGGCCGAUUUCGUUCGCAACUAG